AUGGCGGAAAACAAAGGAGGCGGUGGCGGCGGGGACGCGGCCGCCGAGGCCGCGCCGGGCGGCGGCGGCUCCCUGGAGCCUCCUGCCGGCUCGCCGUCCGCCGCCGCGCCGCCCGAGGAGCGCGAGAGCCCCGGGGCGGCGGCGGCGGAGCGCGGCGGCGGCGAGGCCGAGGCCGAGGCGGCGGCGGGGCCCGGUGCGGCGGCGGGGCCCGGCCCCAGCCCGGUGCCGCCGCUGACGCCCGCGGCGCCGGGGCCGUUCUCGCUGCUGGACACGUGCGCGGUGUGCGCGCAGAGCCUGCAGAGCCGGCGGGAGGCCGAGCCCAAGCUGCUGCCCUGCCUGCACUCCUUCUGCCGCCGCUGCCUGCCCGAGCCCGAGCGCCAGCUCACCGUGCCCGUGCCCGGCGGCGCCAACGGCGACGUGCAGCAAGUGGGGGUGAUCAGGUGCCCCAUCUGUCGCCAGGAGUGCCGGCAGAUCGACCUGGUGGACAAUUACUUUGUGAAGGACACCUCGGAGAGCCCCAGCAGCUCCGACGAGAAGUCAGAGCAGGUGUGCACCAGCUGUGAGGACAAUGCCAGUGCUGUGGGAUUCUGUGUGGAGUGUGGGGAGUGGCUGUGCAAGACCUGCAUCGAGGCUCACCAGCGAGUAAAGUUCACCAAGGACCACAUGAUCAGGAAAAAAGAGGAUGUGUCCUCAGAAGCCGUGGGAGCAUCUGGUCAACGUCCUGUUUUCUGCCCUGUCCACAAACAAGAGCAGUUAAAACUUUUCUGUGAAACCUGUGACAGGCUGACAUGCAGAGACUGUCAGUUACUGGAGCACAAAGAACACAGGUACCAGUUCCUGGAAGAAGCUUUUCAGAACCAGAAGGGUGCAAUUGAGAACCUCUUGGCCAAACUUCUUGAGAAGAAGAAUUAUGUAAAUUUUGCAGCUGCCCAAGUUCAAAAUAGGAUAAAAGAAGUAAAUGAAACCAACAAAAGAGUAGAACAGGAAAUCAAAGUGGCCAUAUUCACCCUCAUCAAUGAAAUCAAUAAAAAGGGAAAAUCUCUCCUACAGCACCUUGAGAAUGUCACCAAGGAGAGGCAGAUGAAGUUGCUCCAGCAGCAGAAUGACAUCACUGGGCUGUCCAGACAAGUGAAGCACGUGAUGAACUUCACGAAUUGGGCCAUUGCCAGUGGCAGCAGCACUGCCCUGCUCUACAGCAAACGCCUGAUAACCUUCCAGCUGAGGCACAUCCUGAAGGCUCGCUGUGACCCCGUCCCUGCUGCCAACGGCGCCAUCCGCUUCCACUGUGACCCCACCUUCUGGGCCAAGAACGUGGUCAAUCUGGGUAACCUGGUCAUUGAAAAUAAACCAACCCCUAGUUACACUCCCAAUGUAGUGGUUGGGCAAAAUCCUCCAGGAACAAACCACGUCAACAAAGCUCCAGGACAAAUCAACCUGGCCCAGCUUCGGCUGCAGCACAUGCAGCAGCAGGUGUAUGCCCAAAAGCACCAGCAGCUGCAGCAGAUGAGGAUGGCCCAGCCUUCCUCUGCCUCUGUGCCCAGGCAGAGCAGCCCCCAAGUCCUGCAGCAGCAGCCUCCCAGGUUGAUCAGCAUGCAGACCAUGCAGAGGGGUAACAUGAACUGUGGGGCUUUCCAAGCACACCAGAUGAGAAUGGCUCAGAAUGCUGCUCGUAUUCCAGGAAUCCCACGCCACAAUGGACCUCAGUACUCCAUGAUGCAACCUCACCUUCAAAGACAACACUCCAACCCUGGCCACGCCGGGCCCUUCCCGGUGGUCUCAGUGCACAACAGCACCAUCAACCCCACCAGCCCCACCACGGCCACCAUGGCCAGCGCCAACCGCGGCCCCACCAGCCCGUCCGUGUCGGCCAUCGAGCUCAUCCCGUCCGUCACCAACCCGGAGAACCUGCCCUCGCUGCCAGACAUCCCCCCCAUCCAGCUGGAAGAUGCUGGUUCCAGUAGUUUAGAUAAUCUGCUAAGUAGGUACAUCACAGGCAGCCACCUCCCCCCACAGCCCACCAGCACCAUGAAUCCCUCCCCAGGACCUUCAGCUCUGUCUCCAGGGUCAUCAGGUUUAUCCAACUCCCACACUCCUGUGAGGCCCCCCAGCACCUCCAGCACAGGCAGCAGAGGAAGCUGUGGCUCCUCAGGCAGGACUGCUGACAAAACUGGCAUUGGCUUCAAGGCUGACCAGGUGAAAGUAAAGCAAGAGCCAGGCACAGAGGAAGAGAUCUGCAGCUUCUCAGGAACAGUAAAGCAGGAAAAAACAGAGGAUGGCAGAAGGAGUGCUUGCAUGCUCAGCAGCCCCGAGAGCAGCUUGACACCACCACUAUCCACUAACUUACACCUGGAGAGCGAGCUGGAAGCUUUGGGCAGCCUGGAGAACCACGUGAAGACAGAGCCAGCAGAGCUGAGCGAGAGCUGCAAGCAGUCUGGGCACGGGCUGGUGAACGGCAAGUCGCCCGUGCGCAGCCUCAUGCACCGCUCGGCCCGCGUGGCAGGGGAGGGCAGCAACAAGGAUGACGACCCCAACGAGGACUGGUGUGCUGUGUGCCAGAAUGGGGGGGACCUGCUGUGCUGUGAGAAGUGCCCCAAGGUGUUCCACCUCACCUGCCACGUCCCCACGCUGCUCAGCUUCCCCAGUGGAGAGUGGAUAUGUACAUUCUGCAGAGACCUGAGCAAACCUGAAGUGGAAUAUGAUUGUGACAAUUCCCAGCACAGCAAGAAAGGCAAGACAGCACAAGGCCUGAGUCCUGUGGACCAAAGGAAAUGUGAACGCCUCCUGCUUUACCUGUACUGCCACGAGCUGAGCAUUGAGUUCCAGGAGCCAGUCCCAGCCUCGAUACCAAACUAUUAUAAAAUCAUAAAGAAACCCAUGGAUUUAUCCACGGUGAAGAAGAAACUGCAGAAGAAACAUUCCCAACACUACCAGACCCCCGAGGACUUCGUGGCCGACGUGCGGCUGAUCUUCAAGAACUGUGAAAGGUUUAAUGAAAUGAUGAAAGUUGUUCAAGUUUAUGCAGAAACACAAGAGAUUAAUUUGAAGGCUGAUUCAGAAGUAGCACAGGCAGGGAAGGCAGUUGCAUUGUACUUUGAAGAUAAACUUACAGAGAUCUACUCAGACAGGACCUUCCAGCCUUUGCCUGAAUUUGAGCAGGAAGAGGAUGAUGGUGAAAUAACUGAGGACUCCGAUGAAGAUUUUAUACAACCACGUAGAAAACGCCUAAAAUCAGAUGAGAGACCAGUGCAUAUAAAGUAAUCUAAUGAUAUGGACCUAAAAUUUAUUGUAAAAACUGUUAUUUAAGUGUUCCUGGAAUAUUAUCAUGCCUACAGUGGCCAUCUUGCAGAAGCUGAUAGCUUUUUAAACAGUAUUAGAUAACAAAAAACACUUGUACAGAAAAACAUUCGCAUCAAAAGGGGAAAAAAACCUGUAUUGUAAAUUUUUGGUGGUUUGUAUUUUUUUUUUCCUUGAUUACUUGCUAUAUUCUUUCUUUUCCUGCUGGAGGGGACGCACUCAUGCUGGUCUCACAGCCAGAGGUGGAGGAGUGUUGAAGAGAAGCAGAUUUGAUAGGAGAUGUUCCAUGUACAGAUAAGACUGUAGUGACACGACCUGCAGGACUGGACCCACUCAGUGACUGUGUCUUGCAUUCCACUGCAGUGUAAACUGUGAGCAGAGCUCCUGGAAUCCCCUCUGUGUCCACUCAAGUGUGUGUUGGUCGUUGCUUUGAUCAUCUCAUUGAAGCAGGACUGUGAAUAACUGAUCUUCUGUGUCCAUCCAACUGUUGACGUUUUGCUUUCUUUACUCCAUUUCAUGUAUAGCAAAAGGAAGAAGAAAGGAAAAUCAUUAAACUGUUCUGAAUGGGCGAGGGCAGGAAUGGGAGGCAGAUGAAAGGCUAAGCUGGUGGCUCCAACCCCUUUGAGUAGGACAAGGUGUAUUUAUUAAACUCCUGUACCCAGAACAUUUUAAUGGCAUCCAUGGCAGAAGUCUCAGCGUUGUCAUCUGUCCCUGACCCCCUGACGAGGCAGAAUGUUCUCUCCAGUGUUCAUUCUCUACUUUUCUGUACUUAAAAUAUAGACUGAAGAGGUAAUAACUGGUUGGGGUGUUUUUCCAGUCUUCCUAAAUAUCAGUUUCUAAUAGACCACUCGGCAAACAAUAACCUAUUAACUACCAAAUGUGUAAAAUUUCCUGUAUUCACUUUGUCUUAUUUGUAAAUAGUGAAUUGAGAUUUCUUGCAGGUCAGCAACAUUUGCUGAACUGUUUUUAAGCUAAUAUGUAUUCUUAUUGAUUGUUCCUAUCAAGAAAAGAUUUGUAAUAUAUGCUAUUUCUAACAUUGCAUUCAUUUUGAGGUUCUGUCUUAUUUUUCUUAGAGUACUUCUCAGAACUUUCUUCAGAAGCAGCUUGUGAGGGAAAUGUGCAGGAAGAUUGGAAUCAGUCUGAGUUUGGGUUGCCUGUCCAUCCAUUGAACAAAGCACUUGCACAGGGUUUGGCCUUGAGUGGUUUUUGGUCAAAGAGUGAGAACAGAACAAUUUCCCAAUUCCUCAGUAGCCCCUGGGGCACCUCUGCAGUGCCUUCCCUUGCACUGCCUCCAUCCCAGCAUUCCUGGUUAGAAAUCAUGGAAUCACAAGGAGUUACAGCUCCAGGAGUUGUUUUCUUUGCUGACACAAGUCAGUCCUAGAAAUAAAUACAAUUUCUGGCCUUCAGAUUGAUCUUGUUAAAGGAAGUUGAAGAAAUUCAUGGAACCAAUGAGCUCGAGAUGGCAGACUCUUGAGUUUGCCAUGGUUUGUGUGGAUCCAGCAAUUAAUUCUGUGGGAGAUCCCUGGGGGUUUGGUGUGCUCAGCACAACAAUUCCUGUGACAUUGUCCAUGCUUUACCAUCAUGGUAAAGAGAAAUAUUUUAGCACAAUAUCAAAUGGAGAAAUGCUCUCAGCAGUUUUUAUGCAAAUCGCUGCAGAUUUGGUUUCUUUUAUAAGAACCAGGUCUGUGUACCUUGGGAUUCUCCCUCUUGCAAUAAAUGAGGGGACUGAAGGUGUUUUUAACUUCCAGCUCACUUCUUCACUCAAAUGUUACACUUCAAACUCAAACUGGUUGUUUUUUUUUUUAAUUUCUUAGACAUGAACAGUGCUGUUUUAAGUUUAUUUUUUACCAGUUUGUAUGUGAAAGGAAAAGGAAUUCCACUUCAACAUAUUAAAUUGACAAAGAGCAACAACUUUGCCUGUGGAAAAGCUGAUGUGUGAAUAGGACACUGGUAGUGACAAGGGAUCAUUUCAUGGCUCUGUGUAUUGCCUAUUUAUGCAUUUCUAGUUUCUCAGCUUCAUUUUGCAAAAGGAAUAUUAUUAAAAUUAUCAUGAAAAUAAGAUUCUGUGAGCUCUCUUCACUCGGGCCUCCUGUUUUUGUGGCACUUUGGUACCUUCAGGCCUCGCCUUUUCAGCUUUUCCCUGGGCAGCAGCUGGGUAUUGGAUCCUGCAGAGACCCUGGGGGUGAGCCAGAGUGUGGGGUGGGCAUGGGGGAUCCCAGAUGGAGUCAGGGGGUCCCAGCAGAGGACAGGGGGAUCCCCAGAUGAAGCUCAGGGGAUCCCCAGAUGGAGUUCAGAGGAUUCCAGCAGAGCUCAGGGGAUCCUACCAUAGGACAGGGGGGAUCCCAGAUGGAGUCAGGGGGUCCCAGCAGAGUUCAGGGGAUCCCCAGAUGGAGUGCAGGAGUUCCCAGCAUAGGACAGGGGGAUCCCAGCAGAGCUCAAGGGAUCCUAUCAUAGGACAGGGGUAUCCUAGGUGGUGCUCAGGGGAUCCCAGCAGAGUUCAGGGGAUCCUAGUUGCAGUCCAGGUGAUCCCAGGUGCACCCCAAGGAAUCCCAGAAGAGCUCAGGACAUCCCAGCAGAGCACAGGGGGCUCCCAGAUGGAGCCCAGGGGAUCCUAGGGGCAGCCCAAGGGAUCCCAGCAGAGCUCAGGGGAGCUCAGCAUAGCCCAGGGGAUCCCAGGUGGAGCACAGUGGGAAGGAUUCACCCCAAACCCUCCAGAGAAGCUCGUGCCCCCCAUCUGCUGCAGGACCUGUGCUCCCCACCCAGACCCCAGAGCAGUUCCCAGUGUUUUGGGACAGCCUUUCCUUUGAGGUGGCCUCUCCAACACUUCACUGCAGGUGGGGAACUUGGCCAGCUCGUGCUCAGCAUCUUCUGCACACCAGGAGUGCAGCUGGGCUGGGCCUUGCUGGGCCUGAGUUCUUCCCUUGCACCCUCCAGAGCUGCUCCUCCCACCCCUCCCCAGUGCUCAGCAGGAUUAUGUGGAAUUUUGAAUGUGUGCAAGAAAUCUCAAGUGUUUCCUUUAUACAAGGAAAACAAAACAUUCUCUUCUUCUUCUUCUUCUUCCCCUUCAUUUUUGAACUCCCAAAGCAGCAAUUCAGUGAUUGCUUUGAAAGCAGCAAAGUUCUAUUUGAAAUGAUUUCAAAGAUAAACUCUGCUAAUCCCUUCCCUGGUCCUGUAGGCUGGGUGUUCAUCACAGAACUGGGAAGGGUUUGCUCAGUGGGAAUAAUUUUUGGUGUAACUCAUUACUGGGUUUGUAUUAAUGAGCCACAUUAAUUCUCUGGGCAUCUUCUCCAUGCCAGCUGCUGGGUGUGCAAUGUGUCAGUGGGAAAUCAGAGCACAGAUUACAUCAGGAAAUCUGUAAAAUUGGGGUGGCAGGAGGAAUCUGGCACUUGGUGCAACUCUGCCCUCAUUUAAAAUACUCCCAACAAUUUAUGUCUUCAUUUUGGCUGAGAAUUUUUGUUGUCCCUCAAGUUUUAAGUUAAUCCAAAGAAGGAAAAGGCAAUUUGAAAUGAGAGUGCAAAGUGCCCAGUGUGAGCAGCUGUCCUGCCAUGGAUUCCUGGUGAUGAGGGGAAAUUCAACAGAUAAAAGGGCUCAGGGCUUUUAUUUUGCUGUGCCCUGGAAUGAAGUGGCCUAGAGCACAAUAAGGCAGAGCUGUUAUUCAUAAAAAGGGGAUUUCCCCAAAUUCUGCAAACAAAAAUGCUCAAUUAAAUGUGGAGAGGUUGUUCCUCAGUGGGGGAUGUCACUGUGACGCUUCACUGUGACACUUCAUGCUGGAUCAAACAUCUCAAGUGACUGGAAAAGUCCCUAAAAUGAGCCCAAAUUUCUGGUUUAUCACCUGGUUUUGGCUGACAUGGAAUAGUUUAGGUUAUUGCAGCAGUAUUUUCAAUCUGUUUGUGUGGUGUACUGGGAAUUGGCUUUUCCCAGUUGGCUUUUCCUUGUUUUUCUCACUCUCUUCCUCAGAAAAAAAGCAAUAAAACUGCUUUGUCAUUUGCCUGUCAGCAUGACAGGAAGCCUCUCCUUAGGAUAAUGAUUUUAUAGGGAAGUUUGUAUGCAAAUCACAAAGCCUAGCUUUUAAAAACAAAGUCUGCAGCAGUUCCUGACAAUAUAGAGUGUGGCAUUUUAUUUUAAAAAGUUGGGGAAAGUUCCAUAAUAUUUUUUUAAGAAGUAGCUGUUUGAGCAAAUAACGGAAGUACUUUUUAAAAAUAAAAAUGUAAAUGCCACAGUUUACACAGAUGGCACAUAUGGAUUGUAUCUUUGGGUAUGGUGAUUUAUUUUGUCUUCUCAAAGUGUGUGUGCAGUAACUCCUCCAUCUACUUCCACUUGGCUUAUGGGGAUCCUUUUUUCUGCUUUCUGAUGCAUCAGGAUUGAAGCAGCUCUCCAAAACUGCAGUUAAUUUGGCAAUCUUUAUUAUGAGUGGAUUGUGAGAUGGAUGAAAUGCAGUUUGGGCCUUUUCUGUUGGGUGAAAUCACAGCUGGAGGCUGCUGGCUUGAGAAUUUAUGGGAUUUUCUACAAAGAGAGGCACUGGAAUGUUUUGUAAGCUGGAUUUUGGCAGGAUCCAGUCUGGAGUGAGCUCCCUGCACAUCUGUGCUCACCUGCACUGGGGGAUUUUAGGCUCAGAACACCAGGACACAUGUAAAUAAUCCUAUACAGGUUUGUGCAGUGCAAAGCUUGUUUCACAUGUAAACAUCCUCCUGGAAGGGUUCAAUCAUGGCAUUCUUUGAUUCUUCAAUUAUUUCCUGCUUCCAGUACUGGAGCUGGCUCAUUUUGCACAUAAUAAACUUGCCUCAUCUUUUAAUAUGAUUCUUCAAAAAAACCCCAAGUGCUGUUUCUGUGAUAUUGUAUUAUCUGAAUCAUCCUAUUUAACUUUUUUUUUUUUUUUUUUUUUAAAAAGAGUUAUUGUUUCAAAUUGUUCUGUUCCUGUGUUUUUUUGCUGGUGUGUAAUGAAAAUCAAAUUUUUCUUUCCUUGGUUAUUUAAUACUUUAGCUGCCUGUAAAUAUUUCUUGUUAAGUGCUCUGGAAUGUGCUGUAGAAGUUGUAUUAGCUCAGUUUAAAGCAUUGUUUGGAACCCAUUUUGGUUGGUUAUUUCUAUUAAAUUAGAAAAAUCAUUCUUUCAA